AUGACUAAACCCACUGUAGACAUAACACUUACAGCGAGUGUAUCAUCAAACUCCUCACCACAGCUGGCGCAGUGGGGCUCGUCAAUAGACGCGCUGAUGCAGCGACUGCAGCGAGACUCCUGGGAGCGUGAGGAGGCGCCAUGCUUGCUGAGCACGCUCACACUCUUGCACAAUGUCAAGAACCAUACGCUGUGGGCUUCUUGGAUUUGGAACGCCAACACAGUAGCCACUGGGAACCUGUUCGGUUCGCUGACGAACUUCGGUAACUUCGACCAGUGCCUGAAGCCGCCCUGGCUGCGCACACAUCCUCACUUCAGGACCAAGUACUGCGUCGCGAGACUCACGCUCACUGAUCACAAGAGGACUGUGUCUGACUAUGAUCCUUAUGGCUCUGUGGAAGAGUAUCUCAAUUCCCCGACACCAUCGGGUCUGCCCUCGAAUGAGCUAGUAUGGGGUGUAUGCGUGCCGGCGUCGUGCGGCGCUCGCGGCGCGGCGCGGCUCGGCGCGGCGAUGUGUGACGUCACCGCGUGCGCACCCCACGCGCCCAACGUCGCCGUCGACCACUGCCAAACUGCUGGAGAUAAUACGCCUUAUGACACGGGAUAUCAUAUUUUUAUGUGA